GCUUGUGGAACGUCUUUUAAUUGUUAAGCGAUUAAGACCUUAGAAAAUGUCUUCACCACGUGUACUUUACAAUUACCUUGGCAACUCUGGCCUGAAGGUCUCCAACAUCUGUUUGGGGACAAUGACAUUCGGGCAGAUACCGAACGGGCGACCAUCCAACAUCAAUGAACAAGAUUCUCAUGCCGUCAUGGAUAAAUAUGCAGAAAUGGGGGGCAACUUUUUGGACACAGCAGAUAUCUAUCAGACAGGCCUCUCUGAACAGAUUGUUGGAACAUGGCUGAAGAAACAGGACAGAGGGAAGUAUGUUGUGGCGACAAAGGUGCGAGGUAGCAUGGAUCCAUCAAACCCAAACGCUGUGGGUCUGAGUCGCAAACACAUCAUGUCCAGUAUUGAGAAGAGUUUAGAGAGACUGCAGACUGACUAUGUGGACCUGUACCAGAUUCAUGUGUGGGAUUCUGGCACACCUUUGGAUGAAACACUGCUUGCUCUUAACGACCUGGUGCGAGCGGGCAAAGUUCGAUACCUGGGCGCCAGUAACAUCUGUGGUUGGCAACUUCAGAAGAUUGCUGAUUACAGCAAGUUUAUGGGCUUAAACCGAUGGGUCAGUUUACAGCAACACUACUGUUUAUUGAACCGUGAGUCCGAGUUUGAUGUGUUUGAUGUCUGUGCGCAAGAAGGUGUGGGAAUAAUACCUUGGAGCCCGUUAAAGGGUGGGCUGUUGUCCGGUAAAUACAAACGUGAUGCCCAGGUCAACACUUCUUCUCGACUUGCCUGGGUGGCUGAAGACGCUAAACUGCGAGGCAAAUACGCCCAGUCACAUCCCACCUUACAAAAGUUCUUUGACAGCGACCAGUUCUGGAAGAUCCUUGGUGUAGUGGAAGAUGUUGCCAAGGAACAAGGACGGUCGGCUGCCCAGGUGUCGUUGAAGUGGCUUCUCCAACAGAAGAAUGUCCCAUCUGUGAUUAUUGGUGCUACGAAUAUUAAGCAACUUGAGGAGAACAUGGCUGCCGGAGAAGACUGGAAUCUGACUCCAGAACAGCUUGGCGCUUUGAACGCUGUGUCUGACAUCGAGUAUCCAUACCCAUUUGAGACUAUUGUUGGUCGAAAUGCUGACAGAGUUCGAAAACAGUAAAUGGGGAUUAACAACUGCUGCUG